UUUUGUUUUAAUUUACAGAAUAUAUUGAAACAAAUAAAAAGAUAAACUUAAAUUAUCAUAUCACCAACUCCAAUGGACCCCACCAAAGCCAGCCAUCGUUUAUGUCAUCAAGCCUAAUCUCAGCUCUUACGUCCCUGAACUGAUCAACCUCCAUCUCAUUCUCUCUUUCCUUCUCUUUCUCUCAAUCUUGGAAUUCAGAAGCCAUGGCGUCCCAAGCGCCACCGAAUUUCUGGGGUGACAUGCCGGAGGAGGAGUACUACACCUCCCAAGGAGUAUGCAACACCAAAUCCUACUUCGAAACACCCAACGGCCAGAUCUUCACCCAGAGCUUCCUUCCCUUGGAUUGUCCCAAACUCAAAGGCUCCGUCUACAUGACCCACGGCUACGGCUCCGACGCCGGCUGGCUCUUCCAGAAGAUCUGCAUCACCUACGCAACCUGGGGCUACGCCGUCUUCACCGCUGAUCUCCUCGGCCACGGCCGAUCCGACGGUCUCCGUGGUUACCUCGGUGACAUGGAGAAGGUCGCAGCUACAUCUUUAUCCUUCUUCCUCCACGUUCGCCGUAGCGAGCCGUACAAGGACCUUCCCGCUUUUCUCUUCGGCGAGUCCAUGGGAGGCGCCGCCACCAUGCUCAUGUACUUCCAAUCGGAUCCCGACGCGUGGACUGGGGUGAUCUUCUCGGCCCCACUUUUCGUUAUGCCUGAGGACAUGAAGCCCAGCAAGGUGAGAUUGUUCCUCUACGGUCUGCUCUUCGGUUUGGCUGACACGUGGGCCGCUCUGCCUGACAAGAAAAUGGUUGGAAAAUCGAUAAAGGACCCCGAGAAGCUUAAGAUCAUAGCCUCAAAUCCAAGGAGGUACACCGGUCCCCCUAGGGUGGGGACUAUGAGAGAGUUGGCUAGGGUGUGCCAGUACAUACAGGAUAAUUUCUCUAAAGUAACGGCACCGUUUCUGACUGUUCAUGGUACUGAUGACGGGGUGACGUGUCCUUCGUCGUCCAAGCUGUUGUAUGAGAAAGCAUCCAGUGCGGACAAGAGUUUGAAGAUCUACGAUGGGAUGUACCACUCGUUAAUACAAGGGGAGACUGACGAGAACGCUAAUCUUGUGUUGAAGGACAUGAGGGAGUGGAUCGAUGAGCGGGCCGAGAAGUAUGGGCCUAAAAAUCAUUUCUAAUUAUUUUUUCUAAAUCUUCGUUAAUUAGGCCCAAAGAAAAAAAUGAAAAUGACACACUGGAUCUUGUAACAUUACGAAAAAUGGCAGUUGCUUGUGUGUUUGAAUGUGGGAAGUGACAAUGUGGUUUUGGGAAUUGAGAACGAUGAUUUCACUUGUAAUUUCAUAAAUAAAAUGAGCUAUAUUAAUUUGUU